AUCCUUUUAUUAAAAAAGAAAAAAUUGAAUUCCCUUUCAUAAAAAAUUUUAAAAAAAAUCAAACAUGUUACAUGUCAUCAACAGUCCAUCUUGCACAAGAUUGAAAAUUACAUAUAAAGUAUGCUCAGUAAUGCUAAUUGAUGAAGGCAACGAACAUUAUCACCACAAGCAAAUUAAUUUCCUAAUUAACUAAAAUCCUGGUAGGAUUAUGUUUUUUUUCUUUCAUUCUGAGAUCAAUGGUGGUGGCACAACAAACUCCAGCUUAAUGCUUUCUUCUUCAUUAGUAAGUUUUCUUAUUGACUUGUAAAUUUAAUAACAGAGCGCAUGAGUUCCUCUUUUCCGUUACUUCCUAUCAGAUGUUCUAUCUCGGACCCAAUCCCAGUUUAGUUGUUUUGCUGGAAGCAAAUUAAUAUAAAAUUAUCCAAAUCCUUCUUUGUGAUCGUUAAUUUGAUCAUUUCCUUCAACAAUCUCCUCUCCUAAAAUCAAGUUUCCAGGAUCAUAUGUAAAUCCGGCAAAUAAAUUCCCUUAUGAUUCAACUUCCCUUAAGAACUCGUUCCAGCGCCCUAUAUAAAUGAUCCUGGCCGGCACCAUAUUCGGCGGUCUAAACCAAUCCGUGGUCGUAAACCUUCAACCCCUGUCCCUCCUCCAAACUUGGCGUCCUCCGGUUUCUAUCAAUGGUCGUGGUGACUCCUCCACACCGUAGACCAAGCUCGUAUCCUGUUCCACCACCCGUUUAUUUCGAAUAAAACCUCCCUCCAACGCCCUCCCCUCCCCGCUUAUUCUCUCCCUCCCCUUCGCCAAGGGAUGGCGGGCCCCACGAUCCCCCUCUCCCUUCCCCUCCUCUCUCUCCUCCUCUUCCUCCCCUUUGCCUUCCCACAGCUCAUUCCCCCCACCCUCCUCCCCUCUGCACCUCCCACCUCCGCCGACCCCUCACCCGUCGCCGAUGUCGGAGACGUCAAACCCCCCACAAACCCUCCAGGCCUCGUCUCCUUCACCCGCGGCAGAGGCAGCUACAAGAUGAUGGCCCGCGAGUUCCUGGUAGCCCACAACGCGAUCCGCACGCUUGCGGGCGAGAGGCCAUACGUGUGGGACCGGAGGCUGGCUCGCUACGCGCGGCGGUGGGCGGAGCAGAGGCGGGAGAAUUGCGACACGAUCCACUCCCAUGGCCCCUACGGGGAGAACAUGUUCUGGGGGACGGGGUGGGACUGGAAGGCCAAGGAAGCGGUCCAGAACUGGGCCCACGAGCGUCUCUACUACAACCGGACCGACAGGUCGUGCUGGCCAGGGAAGAUGUGCGGCCACUUCACGCAGAUCGUGUGGAACAGCACCGUCAGGGUCGGAUGCGCCCGCGUCGAGUGCUACCAAGGCGGCGUCAUCAUCAGCUGCAACUACGACCCACCCGGCAACUACGUGGGAGAGGAUCCCUUCACCUCCUGAUCACCUCCGAAAAGCUCGCUGGGGAUCCCAAACAGAUGUCCGUGGGUAUACAAUAUUUGCGAUCGGUCCUACCGGUUUGACAUCAACCUCUGGUAGAACAAAAAGAAUUUCCGUGAAUGGAUGAUAUAGUAUUGUCUAUUACUUUUAAUUUGGUUUUAGUGCUUUGCAUGGAUGUCGUUAAAGUGGAUCCUUUGUAUAUUUGAGUUUCUAUUUUUUAACUUCUUUUUUGUGGAACAUAUUUAUUUGGAUUUGUGGGAUGUCCGUGUUGGGGUACUUGAAUCAUAAUCUUUUAUAUAUGUUGAAGAGAUAGAAAGGCUUCCAUAUA